AUGGAUUCCGCAGCGGGCUUAAGCGUUUCUAACUCAGAAAUUGUCACCUCGGAACCUCAUUCUGAGUUUGUGAAUUCUUUGUCGACAGAACAGUCAUAUUUUCAUGCUCGCUGGAAAAAAAACGCAAGGUUUCUCUACGAUCUACUCGCUACUCAUGUACUUCCAUGGCCCUCGCUUACUGUGCAAUGGUUUCCGGACAUUGAGCGGCUGCCACAAAAGAACUGUCUUCGUCAACGUUUACUUUACGGGACACACACCCCUCCAGACGUGAAAAAUCAUGUCGAUUUGGCUAAUUUCGAGCUCACAGAUAUCUCUUCCAUGACGUUGGAUCCUAGCAAACAUUACGAUGAAGACGCUGGUGAAUUGGGAGGAUAUCGCACGGAACAGGUUUGUCGCUUUCAUCCUACCCAGCAGAUGCGUCAUCAAGGCGAUGUAAACAGGGCUCGGUACAUGCCCCAGAAUCCAGACAUCAUUGCUACUAUGAGUUCUGGCGGAGAAACAUUUGUUUUUGACCGAACGAAACACACGCUUGUUCCAGGGAGCGAGUGCUCGCCAAAUAUCCACUUCCUGAACGGACACACUGAAGAGGGAUAUGGAUUAGCAUGGAAUCGGUUACGGGAAGGACUUCUUCUUACAGCAGCGAAUGACGGAAAGGUUUGUGAGUGGGACAUGGAAAAUUAUACUCGUUCUUCGCACUCUGUUUCACCUGUACGCGUUUUCUCCAAACACAAAGCUGCUGUUAAUGAUGUCGAGUAUCAUCCACAACAUGUAAAUGUGUAUGCUACGGCGAGUGAUGAUGGUGACUGUUCUAUUUGUGACACACGGACAGAGAGUCAGACUGUUGGGAAGAUUACGUUUACAGACUCAGUUCGUGAUGGUCUUCCUUAUGCAGUUGCGCACCAUCCUGUUCAGGCAACUGUGAUUGCAAUUGGUACUGAACGGUGCAUUUCUCUGUAUGACUAUCGCGACACAAGUCGGCCAUUGCGUGUAGUGUGCAUGGAUGCCGCAUCGUUGGGACCUGUGGAUUCCCUGCCAAGUCAAAUAACGUACCCACUUGGCGCUACUAGUUUGGCGUGGUCCGCUUUCGACAGUAACAGACUGUAUUCGGCAUGUCAGAGCAUUUGUUCUGUGUGGAAUUUCUCGCUGGAAGAACAACCACUGCAAUUUGUCCAUGCAGGUCACAAAGCUGAAGUUUCCGAUUUGAGCGUCAGCUUGCACGAACCUGAUCUUGUUGCAUCAGUGUCGCAGGAUAAUGAACUUCACAUUUGGAAGCCGUCAACUAACAUCCUGCAUCCGCAAAAAUAA